CAGUCUAAAGGUCAAAGGCAUUUUAAGAACCGUAUUUACGCAAAUUAUAUGGUUUAUCAAGGACAUAACUUUGCAGGAACACUUAAAAAAACACUGCGAAAUUAUUAGGUUAACACAACUUCAACGUUCAAAACAUAAUAGGUUAAGUUUUUAGUGUGUGCUGUUAUAAAACUGUGUGAUAGUCCUGCAAUAAAAAAUGUUAAAAACUUUAUCAAAAUGUGCGCUAUUGGGCUCUGUGGGCAUAAGCAGUUUUAUUGCGGGUUCCUAUUUAGAAAAACGAAAAAUAUUCCAAGUAGACAACCUUCCUGGACCAAUAUUUGGCUCCGUAUCUGCCGCAUCGCCCUUAUCACCGGUGCCAGUUGAAAGUAACUCUAACAGGGUGUCACAGAUUAUGAAAUACGGCUUUCCUGGCUACGACAAUAUUAGAUCAUUUGACGAUUACGUUUUGAGUUACGACCGCAGAACUAGAAUCGCACACUGGGUGUUUGAACAUUUAACUCGCGACACUAUUAAGUACGGGGAAGGUGUCGACAGGUCCAAGUGUGAUUUUAAGGCUGAUGAAAGUAUACACAAAUAUUUUAGGUCAGAAAACACUGAUUACAAACAUUCUGGGUAUGAUAGAGGACACUUGGCAGCAGCCGGAAACCACAAGAGGGAACAAAAGCAUGUGGAUCAAACGUUCUUCCUCUCAAAUAUGGCACCACAAGUUGGUAGAGGUUUUAACAGAGAUUCUUGGAAUCGAUUGGAGAAAUAUGUAAGAAAAUUGACCAAGGUUUAUACAAAUGUUUACUGUUGCACUGGACCUCUUUUUUUACCAAGGAGAGAAUCUGAUGGAAAAAAUUAUGUAAAAUAUGAGGUAAUAGGGGCAAACCAUGUGGCAGUUCCAACACAUUUUUUCAAAGUAGUAGUUGGGGAGACAGUCGAUGGUAAAUUGGAAAUGGAGGCAUAUGUGAUGCCUAAUGCUGUAAUUGAUGACGAUGUUCCUUUAACCAGUUUUCAGGUUCCACCCGAUAGCAUUGAGAAAGCAGCUGGCUUAUUAUUCUUUGACAAUAUUGUUAGAAGCAAAAUUAGUAAAAUCAAUGGAAAAAAAAAUUAGUUUGUGAGAAGAACUAAGUAAAAAAAACAAAUUUUUGUCUGUAAAUCUGUAUAUAUGUACACUGUUAGCAUACUUGUAUGUAUCAAAAAAGGAUUAAAUCCUCUUUAAUAUCUUUAAAUGUUUGUUUGUUUAUUUCAAAAUGUUAACAUAAUAUUAUAUAUUUAUUUAAAACAUUAAAAUUGUUUUUUAUAUCAAACAAACUAAAAAUGUAAAUAUUACCUAUAUCAUAUCAUCUUAUACACUUUUCUAGUCAUAAAUGAAAUAUAUACAUUUUAAUAAUA